AUGAUCAAAAAAACAACAUCCAACAAUGAAAUAAAUUCCAUAAUGACCGAAAAGAAAGUGUGGGAUGAUCAUAAUUUAAGUGACUUAGACAAGAUAAAUUGGAUAACAACAACAAUGAUCAUGAAGAGAAGAAGUCCAAGCUGUGAUUAUAUGCAAAUUAUCUUUGAAUCUUCUCUACAUGUUAGCUGCAAUUAUAUUUACAGCAAAAUUGUUGCAUUAUUCACAGCAUGGGCAGACCACUUUGUGCGCGUAGCGUAUUGUAGGGGAGGAGCGCAGCCAUUAAAACAUCUAGGAAACCUUCUACCUAGCAGGAAAAAAAGAACACAGCAACAACACACGUCUCCUGAAUCACGGGAGUUUGAGUUUCUAUGGCAACCACAUACACAUCCAUUUAAAUAUAUUUUCACCCUUGAUUCCGACUUGAGCGUCGUCCAACUUCUUUUUUUUCCGAUAGAUAUGUACGAGCAUAAAAAACAUAAAGAUGGAACGGAAAAGAAAACAAAUCCAACAGUUCAGUGA